GAAAGGAAGUUUUACAUUUCACGCGGGUUCAUAAAUACGCAAUUCUUAUAUAAUUUAAACCUCUGGCAUACGUGUUCUAGAUACAGUCAUUUCGACACUGUGAGAAAUAGUAUAAAAUUCCUUAACUCAACAGGAUAGUUUAUGUGGACAAAUUGAUUAAGAUGUUUUCUACCAACGCCGGUAUGUGUUUGCUCGUGAUGAAUAUAGUUUGCAGUAUCGCAGCAUUGAACAAUAAGUCAUGUGAAACACCCGAUUUUCCAGAAAACGGGUUUGUUAUAAUAAGUAAGGGCGAUCCCACUUUGGCAGUUUAUUUAUGUAGCUCAGGCUAUGUUUUGAAUGGACAGUCACAUAGAGUUUGUGCAAGUAACGGAGAAUGGGAUGGAAGAACCCCUAGCUGUCUUUUAGAGACGAAGGAAUCAUCCUCAAAUGUGGCUGCUAUAAUUGGUGGACUUUUAGGUGGAAGUGCCAUAUUAGGAUUAACAUCAGGCGCGAUCGUAUAUUUGAUUAUGGGAAGAAAGAAAGACAAAAGCGGGCCAUGUAUCACUUUUUGUCCGAAAAACAUCAACAACGUACAUGAUGACCACAGUUCUGUUAACAAUACAACGAAUGUCGUCGGAAAGAAUAAAAAUCAGUUCCUACAUACGAUCAAAAAUAAAUUACUUGGUAGAAGUAAACAGGCGCCUAGCCGUAAUGAAGAGGAAAUGCAUGAAAUUGGUGAGAAUACUAAAUGGGUAUAAAAACAAAUUAUUUGACAAGCAUGAUAAUUAACAAUAUUUUUACAAUGAUGCUAAAAGAAUUAGCAAAAUUGGAAGAAUGAAACUGGCAUGAAUGUGAAAAUAUAUAUUACACAGGAUUUUGAUGAUUUUUUGUUUGGUGAAAAGAAUAAAUGUAUUUUUUUAUAUUUUCACAAAAAUAUCUUAUACAGGAAUUCUUAAACAAAAUUUUUUAUCAUUUUUUUUUUGUUCGUUGGACCAAACAAAUUUAUAUUUUUUAUAUUUACAUGAGAUAAGGAACCAAAAACAUUUUUGUCCUAGAAUAGAUGUAACAUGAUUUUUAUAUCAUGAAAUGUGCUUUUGUAUAGAAGUUUUGUUCGAUUGAUCGGUACAGAAUAUCUUGUACAGAUUUUUGUUGUACGGUUGAGAUUUUUAAAAAUGUAAAUUUACUUAGUUUCCUUCAUCACGCAAAUUACAAAUGUAAAACAACGAUGGCACUCGCGUGAUUUUCUCUGUGAAUGUGAACCUUUGUGUGCAGUUAAAAUAAACAAUUACGUAUCGCAGUAACGCAAUAGAUAAAUAAAUAAAUAUUCGCACUAUUUUCAUUUUAAAAAGUCCAAGACCGAAUAUCAAGUGAUACAAAUUUUUUAACUUUAAACUUCUUGUCAGAUUUGUUAAACAAAAAUAUGGAUAAAUUCUCCCAUUAUGUUAUCCUCUCGUUACGCUGUAAUGGAGUAUUUUUCCAUUUAUACUGUAAUGGGCUAUUAUCUCCCAUUCUAAUUUUGGGAGAUUUCUUCACUUUCCUUAAUUGGUUAGAUCCGCCAAGGGGGGAUUGCAAAUGUCUUUAGAUAUGUAUAUUUAUAACUUAUAAGUUCAUUUUAAUCAUAUACAAUAAUCAAAACAUGUGAAAAUAUUUAGACAUGUUUUUAUGCUCCCCGAAAAAUUUCAGGGGAGCAUAUAGUCGGCGCCUUGUCUGUCUGUCCAUACGUCCGUCUGUCCGUCUGUUGUCUUGUCCGGAGCAUAACUUGAAAACCCUUGGAGAUAAUUUGUUUAAACUUCAUACAGUGGUAGAGGGCAUUGAGGGGGAGUGCAGUGUUAAAAACCAUAACUCUAUUUUGCCCGGUUUUUGAAUUAUCUCCCCUGAUAGAAAAAUCCUGUCCGGGACAUAACUCUAAAACUAUAAUAGAUAUCAACAUGAAACUUUGUAGGUGAAUAGAUCUCAAUGGGUAGAUGUGCAGUGCAUAAAAACAAUAACUCCUUUUGUCCUAAUUUUGGAGUUUUUGCCCUUUGUUAAUUUUAACACUUUGAACUUUGUCCGAAACAUUAAGCUAAAACUGUAAGAGAUAUCAAGAUGAAACAUUGUAGGUAGAUAGAUCUCAUUGUGUAGAAGUGCAGUGCAAAAGAACCAUCUCUCUGUUAAGCCUCAUUUUUAAAUUAUCUCCCCUUAUAGAAAAAUCUUGUCCGGGACAUACUCUUAAACUAUAAGAGAUAUCAACAUGAAACUUUGUAGGUGAAUAUAUCUCAAUGGGUAAAUGUGCAGUGCAUAAGAACAAUAACUCUUUUUUUCUAAUUUUGGAGUAAUUGCCCUUUGUUAAUUUAACACUUUGAACUUUGUCCGGAACAUUAUUCUAAAACUAUUAGAGAUAGCAAAAUGAAACAUUGUAGGUAGAUUAAGGUACAUUAAGUAGAAGUGCAGUGCAAAAGAACCAUAACUCUGUUAAGCCUCAUUUUUGAAUUAUUUCCCCUUUUAGAAAAAACUUGUCCAGGAGAUAGCUGUAAACUAUAAGAGAUAUCAACAUGAACCUUUGUAGGUAGAUAUAUCUCAAUGGGUAGAUGUACGUGCACAAGAAUCAUAACUCUGCAUUGCCUGAUUCUGGAGUUAUUGCCCUUUGUUUAUUUUUACUUUUUGAAGUUGUCCUGGACAUAACUCAGAAACCAAAAGAGAUAUCAACAAAUAACUUUGUAGGUUGAUAUAUCACAUUGAUUACAAGUGCAGUGCUAACAGAACAGUAACUCUUCCUUGCCUAAUUUUGGGAUUAUUGCACUUUGAACUUUUUCUACGGACAUAACUCUGAAACUACAAGAGGUGUACUUUCCUGUGUCCAAAACCUAUUCGGGGAGCAUCACCCGGCUCAAACGGGGCUCUUGUUUUUUUCUGCCACGUAUUUUUUCUGCCAUUUUAUGAAAAUUGGUAGAUCUCCCAUGGGACACGUAAAACCCAAUGUGAGAAUUAAACAAAUCACAUGGGGUGCCAACCUUUGACUGCUUGCACAGCGCUUAAUUGUUGUUAUCUUUAUAUAAACGGCCAAUUAUCGUCUACUUCCAUCCAAGUUACUCUUUGAUUUAACUUUUUGUAUUGAAACUGUAUUCAGAAGGAUAGUUGAGUUUGCGAAAAUUCAGGAUUUGUAAACUUAUUCCGGAGACUGUUUACAUUAUUUUCGGAAACAAGAAAUGUAAUAUUUUAUUAUUUUACUAACCAUGCCAUCAUUCACAAGUAAAGUAUAUACAAGUAUCAGAGAAUAAUGAGUUUAUCCUCUCUGUUGUAUUUUCUAUUCAUAUUAAUGUAAAUUAUGCGGACAAUAUGACAUUAGCUAUAUGGAUAUGCAGCGUCUUGAAUUCGUUCAGACUGUAUUGGUGAUGAUGCAGAUGUUUUUUCAAGCAGUCCUGCUGAAAAGUUGCCAUAAGUAUUACCAUGUUGGUGCGAUGUACGUUGGGUGUAAUGUAACUUUAGUAUUUAUAAGUUUAUGCCUUAUCACGUUUUUGCAUUAUACAUCACUGUACAUAUUAUAUUGAAGAUGUAUUGUUCAUGACAUAAAUUCCUGUUCUCAUCGUGAUCCGACGGUGGCAUGCAGGCGACAUAAGAAUCUUUUCUACUUUGUUAAUAAUCUGAUGCUGAAUAAUACAAAAUGUUUAUAAUAUGGCAAUGUAACUGAAAAAGAUAUGGUUAACCUAAACGGGCAAGUUGGAUAUUUGAAGUUUACCUUUACUAAUGGCUUCAUAAUUUACACGCUUACGUAUCAAUACAAAGUAAAUGGUAUAACAAGAGAUCAGUAACAGCUAAUUAUGAAUUUCUCUGUGUCACGAAUUUUUUAAAAAGUCAUAAAUCGAUGUAAAGCAGUGAUAUUAUUUUUAAUAUAAAGAUAUAUUUAUUGUUAUACCAAGUGCAAGGCAAAAAGGAAAGUUAAGAGUAUUGGCUCGAUUACAAAUUACGAUAGUUAAGUCCUUGUUUCGUAAAUGUCGAAGUAUUAAAGGAACUCCACUGAGGUUCAUAAGCCUAAAACGUAACAUUUUAAUUUUUCACAUAGAUAAACAUGAGCACUUUAAACAGAAUUAUGAAUAAAACAUAACUAAGAAAUACACAAAAAAAUGCAUUGAAAAUCAUAUGUUUGUGCUAUUCUCAGUCCGAUUUGAGUGAAAAGCGUUUAAACGCUUUUCAAUUUUGUGUCAUUUUUCAUUAUCAUAAUAAUUAUUCUGAAAAAUCGGAGUGAGCUAAUGAUCUCAAAUUUUGCACAUAAUUUAUUAGAAUAGAUCUACAUCAAAUGGAGUAAUAAUCUCAAAAAAUUAUUUCCAAUCACGUUUUGUCAAAUAAACCUC